GACAAAGAUAAGAUUUUUCUCUCUGUGUUUUGUGUUUUCUGUGUUUUGUGUUUUGUGUAUGUCGUACAUCAUUUACGGACCAUUGAAUAUUAUCAUCAUCAACAACAUUAAGCAACAAAAAAAACAUGGAUUACAUACGACAAUUUGAUAUACGUUUAGAAAAAGAAAUGUAUUAUCCGGGUGAAUGUUUAACCGGACAUGUUAUAUUAAAUACAUUGGAAAAUUUUAAAUUAAAAGCCAUACGUGUAAUAUUAAGAGGAAAAGCACAAGCCGAAUGGAAAGUAAUUGUUAGUGGUGAUCGUCGAACCGUUAAAGAUGAUCAAAUAUUUAUUGAAGAUCGUUGUAGUAUAUGGGGUAAAGAUGGUGAAACUGGUAUACUAACAAGAGGUCAACAUUCAUUUCCAUUUAAAUUUCAAUUACCUGAAAGUUGUUUACCAUGUAGUUUUGAAUCAAAACCAUGUCAAAUACGUUAUUAUAUAAAAGUAACUAUUGAUAUACCAUAUGCAUCACCACCACAAGGAAUGAAAUAUUUUACAAUUAUUGGACCACAUAUUGAUUGUAUGGAUGAACAAUAUCUGAAGCCACUUGUUGGCCGUGAUAGACGUUCAAUUUGUUGUCUUUGUUGUCGUCAUGGUAUUGUUAAUUUAAAAGCAUAUCUAGAACGUUCUGGUUAUUGUUGUGGUGAAAGUAUACGUUUAAAAGCUGAAAUUGAUAAUCAAAGUGAAGAAAUUGUACGAUUAAGAUUAAAAUUAGUUCAGCAUGUAAAUUAUUCGAUUGAACGUGGUGUAUUAGGAUUAAGUAAAGAAUUAACACAUACUGUACUUGAAUAUCUUGGUGAAGAUGUACAACCUGCACAAAAAUUUCGUUUCGAUAGUACGGAUAGUCUUGUUGUACCGGUAAUGCCACCAACAUUAUUAAAUAUAUGUAAAUUAUUACAAAUCUAUUAUAUAUUAACUGUUUGGAUCGAAAUGGAAAAAUCUAAUGAUGAUCUUCAUCUAAAUUUUCCAAUAACAAUUGCUACAUGUCCAUUUAGGAUACCGAAUUCAAAUAAACAACCAAUCAUUGAUUAUGAUGUAUGCUGUGAUCAUGUUGAAGGUGGCCAAUAUAUUGGACCAGAAUUUCAAUUAGGUCAAGUAUAUGAUGGAUCAUUAGGUAUGGAAGAAGGUGAAACUAUUGUACUUUAUCGUCCAGUUUAUGUUUGUGUUCGAAAAUCUACUGCCCAUCAACAUCAACAUCAACAAUCACAAUCAUCAUCCGCAACAACAACAAAACAGUCACAACAGCCAAUAUCCACAAUUUCGAAAAAACCAAUAUCAGAAACGUCAAGUUCUUUACCAGCACAAUCAUCAUCAUCAUCAACAUCACAUAAUCAACAACAGGAGUAUAUUGUCCGCGUGCCAAGCGACACAAAAAAACAAUUUCAUGUAAUGCGUUUUAGUGCAGCUCUUAAUGUUGAUGUAACCAAAUUGAAAAAUUGUAAACUUGAACGUGAACUUAUGUUCAAAGAAGCAAAAGAACAACAAGAAGAAGAAUUACCUGAAUUUGGUGCCGGUUCCGAAUUUGGCCGAAAAGAAAAAGAAGAAGCACGACGUCGAAAAUAUGAACGACGAAAAACUAAACAAAAUAAUUCACCUUGGAUUUUGAAAGUUGGUGGUAAACAUGGAAAAAAAUAUCGUGGUAUUCGUGAAGGUGGUGUUACCGAAAAUGCAUCAUAUUAUGUAUUUUUUCAAGCAUCCGAUGGAAUGUUUGAAGCAUUCCCCGUUAAUGAAUGGUAUAAUUUUACACCAUUUCAACGUUAUAAAGCAUUAUCAGCUGAAGAAGCGGAAGAAAAAUUCAUUAAACGUGAUCAGAUAUUGAAUUUUUUUCAAUUACGUAAUAUGGCUAAAACAAAAAAUGAUUCAGAUAAAGAUGAUUCGAUAAAAAAAUCUGAACGUAAAAUGAAAAAAGAAUUUAAAGUAUCCGAUAUGGAUGAUUGGUAUGAUAUGUCCGAAAAUGAUGAUGAUGAUGAUGAUGAUAAAUUCAGUGGUGGUGAUGAUAGUGAUAAUGAUACAAAACAUCAAAAAUUAAAAAAAGAUAAAAAUAAAAAAUUAAAUAAACGUAAAAUGAAAAAAGAAGAUAAUUCCGAUAAUGAUGAUGGUGAUGAUGAACCAAUGGAAGAUAGUGAUGAAGGUGAUUAUGAUGAUAAAGAAGUUGAUUAUAUGUCAGAUGAAUCAAGUAGUUCAGAAUCGGAAGAAGAAAAUAAAAAUGAUUUGAAAGGUGUUGCAGAUGAAUCAGCUAUACGUGAUCUUGUUGUAUCCGAAGAAGAUGAAGAAGAAGAAGAAGAAGAAAACCAAGAUAAAAAUUUGGAUCCCGAACAGAAUGAAAAUGAAAAUAAAUCAUUAAAUGAUGCUCAAUCAAAAUCAAUUAAAAUGGAAAAAAAAUCAUCUGGUGAUAAUGGUGGUGAUUCAUCAUCAGAUUCAGAAUUUGAUUCAGAAAAUUCUGAUUUAGAAGAACCAAAAUCAGCUUUAUUAAUACAACCAAAUAAGAAUCUAAAUAAAACAUCGACGGAAGAUUCGAAAUCCACUGAAUCUUCGGGUAAUAAAAGAAAAUUGGAAGAUUCUAGCCAAUCAACAUCACAACAAUCAAAUAAAGAUAAUAAAGAUAAAUCGAAUGGAUUAAAAUUUCGUCAUAAAUUGGAAAAUCCAUCAUCAUCGAUUUCAUCGAAUGAACAUUCAACAAAUAUGGUGAAAAAAAUGAAAAUCAAACAUGAUAGUGGUAUUACUGAAGAUGCUGUACGUCGUUAUUUAAUACGGAAACCAAUGACAGCUGCUGAUUUAGUACAAAAAUUUAAAAAUAAAACUGCAAGAAAAGCCGAAUUACCGGAUUUAUUGGCAGAAAUUUUACGGAAAAUUAAUCCGGAAAAACAAAAUAUUAAAGGAAAAAUGUAUUUGUCAUUGAAGCCAACUUGAUUUAGGCUGUUUUUGUUUUUUUUUAAUUUUAAUUUUAAA